AUGUCUGCGUACGGCUCAAUCUCUUUUUCAUCACGGCCAUCCAGCCCUCUCUCGUCGACCGCUUGGAAACUGGCACCUGCGGCAGCGAAUCGACCUCAAUCGCCGUUCACAUCCAUCACUGUCCAUCACCUUACUUCUGCGAGUGCUGCAAGCUUUCCGGGGCUACAGGAGUUGACCUACCGUAUCUUCUCCGAUGAGGUUCGCAGCGGCACGUCAUAUCCACAAGAAGCACCUGUAGGUGAGUAUACUCGUGAGGAGUUCGAGGCGUAUUUUUGGGCGGGAGACGUGUUCAUCGCGAUCGGAGUCACGACCGAUGUGGGUACGAGCUCAGAAGGAACUCCUAUUGAAGGAGGUAUUGCUGAAGCUCAGGCAUGGAGGAGUUGGGAGGAGUGUGUCGUCGGAUUCUAUUAUGUGAAACCAAAUUACCCCGGUCGAUCCUCUCAUAUCUGCAAUGGCGGAUUCGUCAUACCUCCUGCUCACCGUCGAUUUGGAUAUGGGAAGACCCUGGGCAAGUCAUACCUUCAUUAUGCACCUCAACUUGGAUUUAAGGCUAGCGUGUUCAAUCUUGUCUAUACGAGCAACAUCGGAAGCAUGAAGAUCUGGGACUCGUUGGGCUUCACGCGCGCGGGACUUAUCCCCCGAGCCGGACGGCUUCGACGUGUAGAUGAUCAAGGAGAAGAAUGGGUUGAUGCCGUAGUCUACUACCGCAGUUUGGUCGCUGAUAACGCAUGGGACAGUGCGCUGUGGAAUCAAAAAUAA